AUGGCGGAAGAGAAGCCGAGGAACAGCAUGACCAGAAGUGGCAGCAGAGAUUCGGUUAAGACCAAGAAUCCGUUUAGCCGUUUCAAAGACGAAGAAGACAACAAGAACAAGAACAAGACAGGAGGUUUGUCGUCGAUGAGGAAGUCGUGGUCCACGGACUCGCUUGGUCAGCUCAUCAACAGCAACCGGUUGGGGAAGAUAUGCGUCUGUUCUCCAACAAAGCACGAAGGCUCAUUCCGUUGUAGGCUUCACCGUGCACCGGCCACCACCACCAGCCAAGGUGCAGUUACCACGCAACAUCAUCUCCCAAAGCCUUUGCUCUCUUCUCGUCGUCUCGAUGACCAAUAA